GGAGCGAGGCGCACUGCGGCUUAUAAAGCCCAUCCGCCUGCCGAGCUCCUCCGCUGCUCACCGUCCUGCGAAUCAUCGGCCCGAGCCGCGUCCCCGACCUACCGCAACCGUGAAGAUGGCGACCCGGACCAUGCAAGCGGCGCGAUGCCCGACCGAUGAGCUGUCGCUGACUAAUUGUGCCGUGGUGAGCGAGAAGGAUCUGCAGUCGGGACAACAUGUGACUGUGAAGACAACACCCAACCACAAGUUUGCGUUUACAGUCAAGACCCACCACACUGUGGUCCCCGGAACCAUUGCCUUCAGCCUGCCACAGAGGAAAUGGGCCGGUCUCUCCAUUGGGCAGGAGGUGGAAGUGGCCAACUACAACUUUGACAAGUCCAAGCAGUGCAUUGGCGCCAUGACCAUCGAGAUUGACUUCCUGCAGAAGAAGAGUACCGACUCCUCUCCCUAUGACUCGGACAAGAUGGCUGCCGAAUUCAUCCAGCAGUUCAACAACCAGGCCUUCUCUGUCACCCAGCAGCUAGUGUUCAGUUUCUGCGACAAGCUGUUUGGCCUGAUGGUGAAGGACAUCGAGGCGAUGGACGCCAGCAUCCUCAGAGGAGAGCCCGCCUCUGGAAAGAAACAGAAGAUCGAGGUCGGGCUGAUGGUGGGCAACAGCCAGGUGGUUUUCGAGAAGGCCGAGAGCUCUUCCCUCACACUCGUGGGCAAGGCAAAGACCAAGGAGGCCCGGCAGACGAUCAUCAACCCGGAGUGGAACUUUGAGAAGAUGGGCAUUGGAGGUCUGGACAAGGAGUUCUCGGACAUUUUCCGCAGAGCCUUCGCUUCCAGAGUCUUCCCCCCAGACAUUGUGGAGCAGAUGGGGUGUAAGCACGUGAAGGGCAUCUUGCUGUUCGGCCCCCCGGGCUGUGGCAAAACACUGAUGGCCAGGCAGAUCGGCAAGAUGCUGAACUCCCGAGAGCCGAAGAUCGUCAACGGCCCGGAGAUCCUCAACAAGUACGUGGGGGAGUCUGAGGCCAACAUCCGCAAGCUGUUCGCCGAGGCCGAGGAGGAGCAGAAGAGGCUGGGAGCCAACAGCGGCCUCCAUAUCAUCAUCUUUGAUGAGCUGGACGCCAUCUGCAAGCAGAGAGGCACGGGUGCCAGCAGCACGGGCGUGCACGACACUGUGGUCAACCAGCUCCUGUCCAAGAUUGACGGCGUGGAGCAGCUCAACAACAUCCUGGUCAUCGGUAUGACCAACAGACCUGACCUGAUAGACGAUGCUCUGAUGAGACCUGGCAGGUUUGAGGUCAAGAUGGAAAUUGGUCUGCCUGACGAGAAGGGCCGCGUCCAGAUCCUGACCAUUCACACCAACAAGAUGCGAAACUUCAAUCUUCUGGCGGGCGACGUCGACAUCAAGGAACUGGCGUUCGAGACCAAGAAUUACAGCGGUGCAGAGCUGGAGGGGCUGGUCAGGGCCGCUCAGUCCACCGCCAUGAACCGACAUAUCAAGGCCACAUCGACAGUUGAGGUGGACAUGGAGAGGGCAGAGAAACUGCAGGUCACCAGAGAUGACUUCAAGGGAUCCCUCAACAAUGACAUAAAACCUGCGUUUGGUACAAACCAGGAGGAUUACUCCAACUACAUCAUGAACGGCAUCAUCAAAUGGGGCGACCCGGUCACCCAUGUUAUGGAUGACGGAGAGCUGCUGGUACAGCAGACCAAGAACAGUGACCGCACGCCGCUGGUGGCCGUGUUAUUGGAGGGUCCACCCCACUCUGGAAAGACAGCCUUGGCAGCCAAGAUUGCAGAGGACUCGCAGUUCCCCUUCAUUAAGAUCUGCUCUCCAGAGAAGAUGAUUGGACACUCGGAGAUCUCCAAGUGCCAGGCAAUCAAAAAGGUCUUCGACGAUGCUUACAAGUCCCAGCUCAGCUGCGUGGUGGUGGAUGACAUCGAGCGUCUGCUGGACUACGUCCCUAUUGGACCUCGUUUCUCCAACUUGGUCCUUCAGGCUCUGCUGGUGCUGCUGAAGAAAGCUCCGCCCAAGGGUCGGAAGCUGCUGAUCAUCGGCACCACCAGCAGGAAGGACGUGCUGCAGGAGAUGGAGAUGUUGGACGCCUUCAGCACCACCAUCCACGUCCCCAACAUCUCGACUGGGGAGCAGCUAGUCGACGCCUUAGAGCUGCUGGGGAGCUUCACGGACAAAGAGCGGGCCAGCAUCGCACAGCAGCUCAAAGGGAAGCGAGUGUGGAUCGGCAUCAAGAAACUGCUCGUGUUCAUCGAGAUGUCGCUGCAGAUGGACCAGGACUACAGAGUGACCAAGUUCCUGUCUCUGCUCAGAGACGAGGGGGCGUUGAACGAAGGAGAUCAAAUCAGAAUUUAAGGUGUCCGUCGCUUUCGCUGUGCACUGUGAUCGCAGCUUCUAUGAGUAGAGGGGCUGGAAGAAUGAAGCAAGCAUGUUGCCAAGCCAACCCGUGGGACAUGAUGUGGAAGAGGAUAAGAAGAAGAAAUCUUCCUUCAGUCGAUUCACCCACUGAUCCAUCCGUUUAUCUAUCUUAAAUACACACCUGGUCUAUGAGAAGAACACAGUCGUCUUCCUCUCAGCAUGUUUCCACAGGCAGUAUCCACAGGCAGCAUCGCUCCAUCGCCUUCCUCCUACUCUUCUUCGUCAGCGGCUGACAUAUCACAGCUAACUACUGGGAGUCAUACAGUUACAAAUCUGUUAUAUGUAAAGAGAUUGCAAUAGAUGAUUGUAAAAAAAAGGAAAGAAGAAGUGUUGUUUUGUGCAUCCUGCAUAAAAAAAAAGGUCUGUAUGUAUGUUUUUAGCUAUAGUGUUUGAUGUAUUCGUUGCAUAUCCCUUGUUUAGCUUAAGGUAGUUAUUGUUAGUACUGUACCAUAUAUAUCCUCGUAAAUGAAAGCAGUAUAAGCAGAAUACUGUACAUCUAAAAGUGACAAAAAUCUAUGAGAAUAUGAUCUAUGAAGUGGCUGUAAAAAAGAAGCUGUUCCAUGUGUAAAUGUAGUCCCUUUAAUUAUACAGUAUGUUCCUGUUCUGUAAAUAGUAUAUAUAGACAAAAUGAAGUAUAUCAUGACAAAUAUUUAAACGAUCCGCCCCGGUCCAUUUGGUUCUUUAUCAGUAUGAUCCUUCUUCCCUGUUGCUCUGGGGACGUUGGUUUACCAGGUUACUGUGAUAGUGAACGUAAAUGUUGGAUAGUUGGCCUGUCUGUCUGUGUUGCGUACAGUACAGUACAGUACAGUUCAGUCUAGCUAGUGUAGCUAUGGCAUCAUCAGUGUUAAAAAACAAACAACAACAAAGAAAUUAAAAAUCAGCACUUUUAACUUUGACUCAAAAAAAACCCUUUAGUACUUAUCUGAGUUGUUCUUUGUGGGAACGUGAGCUUGUGUCCACUCGUGUGCAUGUGGGGGGGAACUGAAUGCUGUGUGUGUCCAGGCUGUGCGCGCGCGUGUGUGUGUGUGCAUCUGAAUCCAGGUUUAGACAGUCGAUGGUUAAUUUGUGGAGGGUUUUUUUUUAUCAUGUCACGUAUUCAGUGCUUAUUGUCCAAAGUUCUUGUUUUGUUCUGACCAUCGUUGGUGCGUGCGUGUAAAUACAUGUCAACAUGCAGAUGUAUUAUUGCAAUAAAAAAAAUAAAAAAAACAGAUGCACAAGAAAAAAGACACUUCCAA